GUGAACCAGGCGAGCUUCGUUGAGUUCCUUCGUUCCUCCUAACCCGAGUGAAUGUCCUCGCUGAUGGGGUGCUAGACCUAUUCUAAAAAGGGAUAAGAAGACAACCUACCUUCUGUUUACAGUCUAGGAUAGAUCUUGUAAAGGAAAGCAUUGAGUGACUUUAGCCACAACGAGCACAAUGGCAGAACAAGAUAACCUCAUCACGAAGGCCAUCAAAGGCUACGAUUACGUCAUGAAAAAUGGAGACCCAAGGGUAGACGACUGGUUCAUGAUGGACUCUCCAAUGCCCAGCUUCAUCAUCUGCAUGUCCUACUUCAUCUUUGUGCUGGUGUCCCCGACUUUCAUGAAGAAUCGCAAACCGGUGGAGAUGAGACCCGUGCUCAUUGUCUACAAUCUCGCCAUGGUUGCACUGUCAGGCUACAUUUUCUAUGAGUUCCUCAUGGCAGGUUGGUUGACAGGGUACAGCCUAGGGUGUCAGCCCGUCGAUUACUCCAACUCUCCGAAGGCCCUGAGGAUGGUCCGAGUGUGCUGGCUGUUUUACAUGUCAAAGUUCAUUGAACUUCUCGACACGGUGUUUUUCAUCAUGAGGAAGAAAUUCAACCAGGUGUCGUUCCUGCACGUGUUUCACCACGGCAUCAUGCCCAUCUCCUGGUGGUUUGGAGUCAAACUUGUGCCAGGCGGUUUCGGCACGUUCCACUCGCUGCUCAACUCCUGGAUCCACUUCAUGAUGUACAUGUACUACGGACUCGCUGCCAUGGGCCCGACCUUCCAGAAGUAUCUGUGGUGGAAGAAGUACAUGACCACCAUGCAGAUUACCCAGUUCGUCAGUGUUAUGAUCCACUCGUCCCAGCUGUUGUUCAUGGAGUGCGACUACCCCAUAUUCUUCGUCUACUGGAUCGGUUUUUAUGCCCUUAUCUUCUUUGUCAUGUUCGGCAACUUCUACGUCCAGUCCUACCUCAAGCCAAAGGCAGCCCCCAGCAAGCAGUUGCACUCUGCCAAUGGAUCUGUCGCUGACCGAAACAAGGCAAAAAGAAGCUGAGGAUGUAGCUGCCAUUUCAUUAUCAUCCAUAGGUUUAUUAGUGCUGCAGUAUUGUACAUUUGCAGCAGUUUAGUUUGGAUAUGUAUUUCAUGUAUGUCUUUUUUUUUUUCAAUCAUGUAUAUUUAUUUUUCAUUUAGAAAAAAAAAUUUUUUUAUGUUUGUAAGAAUUCCAUAAUCUCAUCAUCAAUUUUUGUCUUUCUCUUAGAACCCAUGACCACACAAUAGAAGAUUGUUUCUGUUAUUCCCCACAUCUCCAUGCAUUUGUCAGUGGGUGAAAUGACGUCAGGAUCACAUUCAUGCAAACCGCGAUGAAGCUUGCCAACUGUUCCCCGAAUUCCCCGGUACUCUCCUGGAUUUGGCAAUCUUGAAUUUGAGAGCCUUUUCUCAUACGUGAGGCAUCCUGGUGAAAUCAGGCGCUCUUCAAAAUAAUGAAAUCAAAGAAACAUGCAUUUUUCUGCCUGUUUGGCAAUUUUUAUCUAAUUUGUGGUUUUUGGCUCAAAAACUGAAAUAUGUCCAUGUAUAAACAUAUUUCUAUGUGUAUUUUACUGAAGAACGUUUGUUAAAGGUACAAAAGCUGUACAUAAUUUGUAGUGUCGAGGGACUCAAGCUUUGAAGUCACCAAACUUUUUCAGCCAUUGUUUCAGAUUUUUUCCUCUGAAACCAGGCGACCACCUCCUUCUUCAAUCGCAUAUAUCUCAACUUCUGUUCAAGAUAGAUGGAUAUUUCUUUCAUCGAAAACGAGACAGAUGACCAAGCUUUAAGGUGAAACCAAUAACUCCUUGUGCCCCAAAAAUUUACAAGCGCCUGAUUCCACCUCAUCGUGACACACAUACACUACACCAAAGCCAGUCCUACUUGAUGUAAUUUCGUUUGUUGUUGCAUAAUCUGAUGUUUUAAUGUUGGGUGUUCCUGGCUGGGAUUUUGGAAAAGUUGGCAAGCCUGCACAAUGAUUGUUUUAGGAGUGGGACCUCCCAGAAUUCUCCUGUUUCUUCCAUACUCUUUUGUUUCUUGUUUUACAGUUUAUGCCCCAUCUUUUGAUUGUGAUUUCUUCUGUUGGUGCGCACCGCUCAGUAAAUUCAUUCUUGUUGGUGCACAGAAUCCCGUAAGUUCUUUAUUGCUUUUAUUGUUUGUGCACGCAGCGCCUAAAAUUUUUAUUUUCGGUAAACACAAUUCAGUUGAUUCUUUAUUGUAGAUGUGCACAAUUCAGUAAAAUUUGAAAAAUCUACCUAGAUGGUGAUUCAUCUAUAGCUACUAUUCAAGAGUGUGGGGUUGUGAAGUGUAUUUUAUUUUCAAGCAAAUAAUGAAUUUCACCAAGGGUUUGAGAGACUUUCAGUGUACGUUCAGUUCCUCCUAAACUCAUUCAAGACCAGCUCUGAUGUUGAAAUGGAACAACUCGAGACCUACCGUAUUUUUUAAUCUAUUUUUGAAAAAGCCUCUACUGUUGUUUUACUUUCCUGUGUUUUUAAAUGCAAUAGAAAACAAAUGGUUAGCCUGUCUGUCUUCUUUCCAAGACAUUACAGUCGUUGUGUUAUGAGUCAUGGCUUAACAUCUGGCCAGUUCCAUGUUAAGUUUUUGUUCAGCUUUGUGCUCUUUGGAUGCUCCACUAGUUCAGUUGGUGUUGUGCUGGAUUACAGAGCAGAUGGCCCUGGUUCGAAUCCUAGACUGGACGUUCUUUUGCGAAUAAUCAUUAAAGGGGCAUUUAAACUAUACGCUUACUUUUUCUUACUCCUUCAUAUAUUCAUAGCUGCACCUUAUAUUUUUGUUCUUUCUAAUUUGCUGUUAAUUGAAAGGCAUAAUACUUUUAAACGUCAAGCCAGAAGUUGUAAAAAUUUGAAAAUCAGUUUUCUAGUGUCAGUUAAAAUUUUUUACAAUUUGCUACCUUGACAGCUGGAAUAGGGUGAGGAUUAAUGAUGAUUUUUUUACUAACUUUUUUUGUGUCACUUGCUAAUUACACUAUUUAUGCUUUCUAAGUGUGCUGUUUUGCUUAUGAAACAAAAGG